GCGAGGAGCCACCGAGAGGGAAACCACACUGUUUCCUUUAUUAAGGACCUCAAAUCACUUCCAUAUUUGUUCUCUCUCUGUUAAUUAAGUUUACAACCAAGUUAUCGGACGUUUAAAGCUAAUUUCCCCAACUCUUCCCGCUCUGCUGUUAUCUGGAUGCGAUGGCCAGCUCGGGACUGCAGCUCCUCGGCUUCUUCCUCUCACUGGUCGGUCUCGCGGUCACCGUCGCCGCUACUCUGAUGGUCGAAUGGAAGAAGCAGUACCAGGGCAAGACGCACCGCAUCUACGAGGGCUUGUGGAUGAGCUGCAGUGGCAACGAGAGGACAACCUGUGAAUUCCACCAGUACCUCCUGAAGCUGCCAACUGAGGUGCAGGCUACCAGAGGCGUGAUGCUGCUCAGCGUCUUCCUCUCCGCUGUGGCGCUGCUGGUGUCCACAGUGGGAAUGAAGUGCACUCGCUUCAUGGACGGCAAAGAUGAGAGCAAAUCCACAACAGCUAUGGUCGGAGGAAUCAUGUUCAUGGUUGCAGGUUUAUUAACCCUCAUCAUAACAUCCUGGUACGUCAAAAUGAUUGUUCAGAUCUUCAAUCAAGCCCAUCGCCUGCAGAGCUUUGAGUUCGGUAAUGCCGUGUUCGUCAGCUGGGCUGGCGGCCUCCUCACUAUGGCUGGCGGUGCUUUCCUGGGCUGUCGAAGAUGCUCUCAGUCCCAGUCCAAGAGCUCCAACCACUUCCUCUCCACCAGCCACCCAAAGUCCAACUACGUCUAGAGGAGGAGAGCAGAGGAGAGGCUUUGAUACAACCAGUGAUCAAUUUACCAACAGGAGCAGGUUGUGUUUCUACGAUGAGGAAAAAUCCCACUGAAGGAUUAUAAAUACCGCCUGCUGAACAUCAAGUCAGAAAUCAGGAUCAGGAAUACACACAAGAUCAAGCUGAUAACCACAUAUCACACUUAUGUGUGGUUAUUACUUCGGUGCUGUCAGUCACUGCAGUAAUUUACGCUGCUGUCAGCAGUUUUUAUUUUCCAUUGAGAGAAAUAAAUGUAAGGAUUCCAUUUGUAAUUUAUUUAAAAAAUUCAAAUAUUAUAUAAAGUUAGCAAUAUGCUGCGGAAAUGAGUCCUAAAACCCAGACACAUCCCAUUGGCUUUGUGUUGAGGGAACCAAAAAAAACAUGUCAUCCCUGCAGCACUAAUUCUUCCAGGUAUUCAUAUAUAUAUAUAUAUAUAUAUAUAUAUAUAUAUAUAUAUAUAUAUAUAUAUUCUUAAACUUCGUCAGCCUGUUUAUGAAAUUAUGACUUCAAAAAUUUCCUCAUCACAAUUCCUGAUGAAGAACACUUUCAAUAGUUUGCAGCAUAGACCCAAAGAUUCGACACUUGAUGGAAAUAUUUAUUUUAUGGUGUACAUUGUGUACAAUUCAUUCCUCUUCAGUUCCACGCUGGUGUUAAUGGAGAUUUGUUUGUGCAAUGUUGUUUGUUAGUUUUUAUAUUGUCUUGUCGUGUUUUCAUGUAAUUUUGUUGCUGUUGCCAUUUAAAAGAUGUUUUGAAAUAAAAAUAAAAUAUUUCUGUGGUCUUC